UCAACAUAAACACCCGAAUAACCAUCAACGAUAUCUCACGAUACAAGAAGACUCCAAGCCAUUGGAACAUACUCCGGAGACGCACAAUUACAGAAAAUGCUACCGGAUCUCGCCACUCGCCGCAAAAUCUGCGAAGACACGAUCAAGCGGUUAGAAGAGAUCACGGCUACUACGCCUAAUGCUUCACUGGACAGCACGUUCAUCACAUCACAAACAUAUCCCGAGCUUUCGCCCUUGGAUCCUGAGUUUCCAGAUUUGCAACUUCGACCGAUACAAGUUAUCGACUCGGACACCUUUGCCUGUGCCCGAAGCAUACUAUCCUCAGACCCGGAGUUCAGGGAUAAAGUUGCAGUGCUCAACCUCGCAUCAGAUGAAGAGCCCGGUGGUGGAUGGAGGUACACGUUAAGCGCUACACAGGAAGAAGCGCUCUGUUACUCAUCCACAAUAUAUCGAACGCUGAAACCAGAGUACUACCCCUGGGCAAACACCGGCCCUUCCUCAAUGGCAGGAAUCUUCUCCCCUGGCGUGGUCGUGUUUAAAGACACUCUAGAAAACUCCUGCCGCGACCUUCAACCAGAGGAAAGAGCACUCCUCUCUGUCAUCACAAUCGCUGCACCCCGUCACCCAACUCUCACAAACUCCAACACCGAAUUCGCAGACCCAAAUAUUCUCAACGAGUUCAGAGAUAAGAUUAGACUUAUUUUCCGCGGUGCAGCUGCAGAGGGGAAAACAUGUCUGGUGUUGGGAGCUUUGGGGUGUGGAGCUUAUGGGUGUCCGCCUAGGUUGGUGGCUACGGAGAUGAAGAAUUUGUUGGCGGAAGAAGAAUUCAAGGGUUGGUUUGGAAGAGUGGUGUUUGCGGUUUAUGGGCAGGGAGUGGUGGGAAAGAGGAAUUUGGAGGCUUUUGGGGACAUUUUUGCGUGAGAGUGAUAUGAGGGUGCUGAAGAGGUUGUUUCUACGAGGAUGGAGCAUACUAGAUUGUCGUGGAGAUAUUUCUUGAUGCAUUCGCGACUAGGCUUUCGAAGUAUAGAGCUUGAGAGAUGCAGACGUCGUAUGCUUUCGAUAGCUGAAAUUUCUCCCCCUGAGAAUAUAUUGGGCAAAGGCAUUGUUGCUGUCUCCUGAACACGUCUGCCUGGCCUGAGGGUGGGACAGCAAUGCAGCAGCGUUAUCCUUGUGGUAUGUGGUGGCUGAAGAAGAUGUAGUGGAGAUGAGUGAGCCCCCCUCCUCUACUUGGAGGUACCUACCAAGACCAGGGGUGCUUGAAUGUGUAUACCGACCGU